AACAGUUAAACAGUGUGCGCUUAAGCAUAGGUCAAUCAAAAUAGUUAUAGUUCCAGAAUAAUAAAAUAUAUUUAAUGCUGCACCAGUGAAUCCUACGUAUCUGAUUAAAUUAGUAGACAAGACUUCCGAGAGGCUUAUAAAGUCUGGUGAACAGUGACUUACCAGCAGAUGGCACUGUUCAUUCAUUUCGGAUCAAGAGUGAUAAUUGCGUCUGCUUCCGGGGCGGGGUGUGCCGUUUAUGUGCAGUAUCCACAACUGUUUUUCAGUAGGAGGCAAACACAGCUGCUGUUGUAUUCCCGGGUAGUUCUGAUUUCUGUUUAUUAGUGAGUGGGUUUUUUGGACAUAAACGGCCUUCUCAUUUUUUAUUUGGAAAGCGGUAACGUCCCCAGAUGGAGGGAGAUGAUUCUGAGUUUCCUCCAGAGUCAUCGGAGCAUUCAUAUUCCCAGAGGGGGAGCGUUGCUUCCUCUGUUACCCGAGCUCAAGAUGUUCUUGUCUAUUUGGUGACCGACAGUGCUGUGCACUUAUGUUUGGAGGGUGUUGGCUGUGUGAGUGUGCACGAAAUGGGGCGCAGUGUUCGAGAAGCCCUCAACAUCCCCGACUCAGCCCAAGACGCCUUCGCCUUCUGGCUCUGCUCGCCUUUGCUGGAGUUACAGUUGAAACCAAAGCAUCAGCCUUAUAAACUGUGUCGGCAGUGGCAGGACUUGCUGUAUCGCUUCACAGAGGCUUCAGAGGAGGACAUCGCUCAAGAUGAACCAUGCCUACAAUACAGGAGAAAUGUUUUUUACCCCAAGACUAAAGAACUUCAGAUCAAGGAUGAGGGGGUGUUAAAGCUUCUCUAUGAUGAGGCACGCUUGAACAUCCUUGAUGGACGGUACCCAUGUGAUCCAGAGCAGUGGUUAGCAUUGGGGGCUUUGACCUGUGCCAUAGAGCUUGGCAUUGGCCUAGAUGAGAGGAAGGUCGCUGCAGACAUCAGGGAGAAGAAGCUGUCGUCCUUCCUGCCCGGCCAUCUGGUGGUGGGAGGGGGUUUUCUGUCGACCCUGCGGGGAAAGGGGGGUCGGCAGGCGGAGCUCGAGCAGAAGCUUCUGAAGGAGUACCACUCACUCAGCCAGAAUCCCAGCCAAGACCCCACCUAUCUCCUGAGACAGUACCUCAGCACCUGCCACACACUGCCUUACUAUGGAUGUGCUUUCUUCUCAGCAGAGAUCGAUAAGCCAGCCCAGGGAAUCCUUCACAGGGGGGGGCACAAGGCCGUCACAGUGGGCAUCAGCCUGGAGGGUGUUUAUGUCAUGGAUGUCAAAGAGAAGCAUGUCCUCUUGGGCCUGCGCUUUAAUGAGCUGUCCUGGGACCACAGCUACCCUGAGGGGGAGGGAGACUCGCAUAUCCUCUGGUUGGAGUUUGACGGGGAGGAGGCAGGGACUCCUGUCAACAAACUAUUGAAGAUCUACUCCAAGCAGGCGGAGCUGAUGAGCGGACUGAUCGAGUUCUGCGUGGAGCUGCGUUCAGCUGGUGACGGGGCUGCAACGGGCACGGACGGCGAGGUCGUGCCCGCGCAGGCAGCACCUGCGGGCCAGGUGGGAAGUACAGAGCGGCCGAGGGGCAACCGGCGAGGGAAGCUGCGGAGGCAGAGCAGCGUGGUGUGCAGCCGGGUGCACUCGCUCAGCACCAUCAGCUACGUGGAUGACGGUAAAGAAAUCAAGGCUCUCAAACCAAAAAGGGCUGCGUCCUUCUUCUCGCGGCAGGCCCAGCCUCAGGACUACACGGCGGUGCAGGUGGCUGAGAGUCUGGAGCAAGGCUGAACCUGAAGAGUCCACUCUAGCUAAUACUGACCAAAACAACUGCUUCACGUCGACACCCUAGGGAGAGGAAUCGAGAGUUGGAAUGACUAUUUAAACUGGACCAAGUUUUUUCUUUUUUUUUUUAAUUAUUAUUAUUAUGGUGAAAAAGUGGAAUAUCAUAGGUUGAAAUGUUAACUUUUUGUCGUAGGUCAAACACCACUGCCUGAAAGGGAACCUUGUAUAAAGUAACUAUGCCUUAUGUAGGUCAGUGAAGCAGGAACAGCCGUUUGUCAAGGGAGGGAAAUGAAAAUAAAAUCAUAGGCGUUAGAGAUCAAACCUAAUUAGGCAGACAUGGUUGUGAUGUCAUUGAAUUUGGACUUUUCUUCGCCAUGAAUAAGAUAUUCAAAACCUUGAGGUCUGAAUGAAUUGUGCUUCGAUAGACAUUUCAUUAUUCCUUAAAUAUUUUAAACCACUCUCAAACGUGAAUCAACAACGACCUUGAUGGCUGUUCGCUGUGAAUGUAGUGUUCCAUUUUGUUAUUGUCCGAAUUAUGCAAACAUCAACAGGAAGGGGAGCAAAGUGUGCAAUCCAUGUCACUGACCUCUCUGAACUCCCCUCUGCACCAAAGUUAACUGUGCCUCAUGUUCUCGGCUGCUUCCGAACCCUCACACUCAAAUCAGGUGACCUGUAAAAUAAUCAGGAAAAAGAUCUUUUUACAUCCUUAAUGAAGACAAAAAAAUACCGGAGUAGUCCACAUUGAAACUGUGGCCACCCUAAACUAAAUCAAGGUUCAGGUGCUCUAAUGUCUCCACUGGCUGUGAUAUAUUUUGGAAAUGUGUCAUGGCCAUUGUAGAAAAAACCUCAGUCAAAUGUACUGUAUUCUUUCCUGUUUUGGUUACAUCACAGUGCACAGUACACCGUCAAUGUUAUUGCAGACUGAAGGAUACGAAUCUCAUACACUGUUUGUCUUUCCUCUACAUUCUGAAAUGUAUGGAUCCACUCUUAUCCUCUGCCUUUAUCUAUGCAUGACAUUCGGCAGAAGCAAAAAGAACUGUAGGCAGUUAAUGAAUUAGCAUGCAUAUACAUCUUCACCCGUCACUUUUCAGACUUCAGGCUUGAGAAGAACGCAAAAGGAGUGAUGUACAUUGCACUUCUCUGUGGUACCUCUGAACACUGUCAAAUAUCUGCAAAACAACAAUCAUGAUGGGUCUUGGCCAUUCUUGCAUGUGCCAACAUUUGAAUGAGAUUUGUGGAACCACAUUGCUUUCCAAAUACGCUUUUUGGAUAAACUUAAGAGUUUAAAGUGCCUUUUGUGUUUUUAACUAAUUGUAGCUGAUACCAUGAACUUUAGAUGAACCGUAAACCUGUUUUGUGUUGCAUUUUAAUACAUUAUCCCUUUACGGUUUCCAUUAAUCCGUAUUUUAGUUUUAUAUUACAAACACUUGUGACUCAAUAGAAUUCAAUGAUUAAUGUAAUGUGCACUACCGAAGUUCAGUAACUAAGGUUUGUAAAAAAAAAAAAACCUUGAUAUGCAGCAUAUUCAUUUUUUAUUCCUGCUUUGUACUAACAAUCUCACACUUCAAGUAUUAACUGAUAAUAAUGUGUUCUAUAGAUUUUUUAUUAUAAAUGUUUUAUUUAAAAAGUGUUGUCCAUUAUGUGGUUCUGAUGUAGCUACUGAACAUUAAAUCUGAAUAAAAUCAUUUAUGGCA